CGGGGCCAUGUCAUCGGUGAGAUUGGGCCCUUAAUACACCGGGUGCUUUUUACGAGAGAAUAUUUUUUGAUUUUUUUUUGCAGUGAUAAAACGUGAUAAACUAGAAAUCGGUUCGGUGAUUUUAUUUUUUGGAACUAACUGAAAACUGUUAUUUUUGUGGUUAACUUUUUUGGAGUGAUAAAGUGAAGUUUGACUGAGUAUUUUGUAUAUAGUUGUGCUUUGGUUGUCUGCAAGCAUGCCAAGAGUGGACAUGCUGCCCCAGCACUACGAAACUGCAUCGAGCGACUCGCCUCCGCGCUCGCCCCCUUGCAGUCCUGCUAGUUCCAGUCCGGCGGCGGGAGUUUCGAGUCGGAGCGUCAGUCCCGCCUCGUCCGACGUACCGAUUAUACCGCGUCACAGUGCGUUUUCUCUAGUCUAUCCCAAGGAUAUUAGCAGGGCGAAAGGAUACCUCAGCAGUAUGGGCGCCCUUAUGUACGCGAACUCCUUGAACUCUCUAGUCCCUACACCGUACCCUUCCUACAUUUGGCAUCCCAUUCCCGGUCUGUUUUUACCCUACAGUCCGGCUCAAAGACCCGAAUCCCUCAGCCCAGACCAAGCUUCGCCUGUUGAUGCUGGAUUUACACCAGAAAAAGCUAAGAUAGACGAGGAUGCCCCUCUCAAUUUAUCCUUAAAAGGCCGAUCAAGGACGCACAGUAUAUGGUCACCUGGGAGCUUGUGCGAACAAGAAAUGAAAAAUGUGGUAACGUCGAAACCCGACUCGAAUCUUGACACGACCAUAAUUAGUCCGGUCAAGCUGCUUGACGGCCGAUGGAAGUGGGACCACGAAAAAGACUUUCAGGGAAAAAUGACCGGCCAUACUAUCGGACCUAGUGGAGAAAAACAAUUUACGUGCCAACAAUGUGGAAAGUCCUUCAAAAGAUCCUCAACACUAUCGACACACCUGUUAAUUCACUCAGAUACCAGGCCCUACCCUUGCCAAUAUUGUGGAAAACGAUUUCAUCAAAAAUCCGACAUGAAAAAACACACGUAUAUUCAUACAGGUGAGAAGCCGCACAAGUGCGUCGUGUGCUCGAAAGCGUUCAGCCAAUCGUCGAACUUGAUCACGCAUAUGCGCAAGCACACCGGCUACAAACCCUUUUCGUGCGGACUUUGCGAAAAAGCGUUCCAAAGGAAAGUCGACCUGAGAAGACACCGAGAAUCGCAACAUCCCUCGGUCCCCGAGGCCGUCAUCAAUUCGAUUUACCGGCCCACCGAUAUAUCGAUGACUGAAAUUAGCGCUAUGAAUAAUAAUAAUGUUAACAGUUAGGUUUUAAGUUGGGUGUAGAGGUUUUGUAAAACAGGGUAAAAAAUGGACCAAGGUGUAUAAGGGUGAUACCUUAUUGAUUGAGGUAGAAAAUGGCCUCGACUAAUAUUUUCAAUGAAAAUAGUGCAGUGGAAUUAGAUCAAUAUUUUUUGGAUGCAGUAUCAUCUUUUCUACAUGGGGUUCCAAAAGCAAAAGAAGUACAGACCUAAUUUCACUCUACUAAAAACCUUUUCAAAUUUAAACCAAAUAAUUGUUAAUUUAAUUAUAUUGUUUCUUAUAUAAUUACAUAUAUUUCUGUCAAACAGAGUCACGUUAAUUGGAAAUAUGUUAAUGGUAAUCGUCAUAAAGAAAAUGCAAACAUUUUAUUACAAUUCUUUAAAGUAUAAUACACAUUUAUUGAUUGAUGUGCAACUACAUCAUUUUUAUAUCAAAUUCUUUCAUUACUUAUAACUUUUAAUAUUUACUUGCUUGCCAUGAUAUGUGCCAUCCAUAACAUAAUCCCGUGUCAUGUUGCCAUAUCCCAUAUGUAAAAGCAAAAGAGAGGCCACAUCAAGUGAGUUUUGAUUAUAAAUCCGUCCAAAUGAAUAUUUCCAAAGUCUAAAUUUUAGAUUUUUUGUAAUUGUUUUUUUUUUUCUAGAUGUAAUACCCAUAUUAUAAUAAUAUUAAUUGUACAGUUUGUUAAUAAGUUAGUGUAAAUAAAUGAUAAAUAAUAUUUUCGUUUUGAUGUUCUAGUCUAGGCAAAAACAAAUUGUUUAUAUUGUUACCAUUUUUUUGUAGAAAGUGCAAAUAAUUCGAUUCUAAAUUUUUUAUUAUUAGAUUUUUUUUUCUGCACGUUUGCUUUCUAUUUGCACUUCGAUUUUCAGUUUUACUAACGAGUCGUCCAUAAUUGGGGCUUUUUAGUAAAACCUCGUACAGCUGAAAAACCAAAGACUCUUUUUGUAAAAUUGUAUAGUUAAUUUUUUUUUUUGUAUAAAGCUUGUAGAAAUUUCGUUUUUUUUUUUGUUCUAUUGUAACGUAACUGGAUUUUGGGGACCAUAUAAUUAAAAUUUAUUCUACAGAGUAGUUGAAGAAGAUGUUUCGAUUUUUACAUAUACACCUAAAUAAGUUGUAUUUUUUAAAUAAAACUUUUUGAUGAUUAUUUUUUUGUUGUUGUUUUAUUUUUUAUACUUAUCAACGAAAGUAAUUAUGAAUGGAUACACUUUGAGCCUGCUAUCAUCUAUCUUUGGAGACUAUACAGCGUUUCAUAAAAUCCUCUCGGCUCUAAGCUUUGUUAAAGAAAAUGAUAAAAAAUUAUACAGGCGAACAUAUGAUGAUGCGUUUCGAAGUUAUCAUUUGGCAAAACCUCGAGGGACACUG